AUGUGUGUGGGCACCUGCUCUAUCGAGUUGAUACUCGCCUUGGCGGCAAUUGGAGCUCAAUAUACGUUCGAGGGCGAAAAAGGCGUUGAACUCUUCACGGUGAGCAGGGCAAUCGCGACACAGCGCAUCAAGAGGAGGGAUGCCCGUCUCAUCAACCGACACCACAAUGAUGACCUUGGAGGAUCCAUAUACGACUUCGACAUGGGUGGGUCGGCACAAAGCCCACAGCCCACCCGCUCCGUCUCGGGACCGCUUGGUCUGCCUUCAGAAACGGAAGCUACAAGCAUGGGAGACGACCUCAUACAGACAGCACAGGCUUUGCUGCUACUCAUGGCUUUGUGUACUUGGGCAAAGCAUAAAGAGAUACUCAGAGAAGCGCUAGCCAUCCAGAGCGUUCUUGCAACAUUGAUCAGAGACGACGGUCUGCAGAGCGAGCCUUUCAAUGAAGAUAUGCCUUGGCUUGAUUGGGCUGAGUUCAAAGCGCCUACAGCAACUCUGUGGAAAGAAGCAAGAAAGAACCGCGCACCAGAAGUCUACUUUCAAGACGCUCUGAAACGCCUCUUCUCCAAGAACGGUCGGGAUGUUACACUGACCACCUCGUCAUCCGGCAACUAUGCACUCAUCCACGCCUUAAUACAGCAUGUCUUUUUCCUCCGCCAAGUCACCAGUUGCCGUUCUGACGGCCCAGGAGAUCUGAGUCAAGAAGACAUUGCAUCUGUGGAGACUGCUUUGCGGAACUGGCAGAUAGGAUGGCGUCGAAACCCCGAGUCCUCAGUCGAUCCAUGGAACGCAGACGGCCCUGUCGCUUUCAAUUCAACUGCUCUGCUCCGACUUGCUUACAUUAGGUUGUAUGUGGACACUGCGGGCAGAGCACUUGAGACGCGCGAUCCGGAGCUUAUUGCGAACGCAUUUCGGUCAGGACCAACAAUCAGGCGAUCCGCGAAGAUCACGAGAGCAGUGCUGCACUCAGCUCAUGCGCUUUCGAUACCAAUCAAAAUGGGCUAUCGCCUAGUGGCCAAGACACAGAGCUUCAUCUGGUCCAUUCAGCAUUCGCUUUGCACACUAGAAUGCGCAUAUCUCAUGAGCAAAUGGUUGGAGGCACUUUCGGCAGAUUAUCCAGACCCACCAGCAAGCGAGGAUGAGAGGAGAAUCGUUGCGAUAGUGAAAAGCAUGCUGGACGAGACGGAAUUCGCUUUGUCGCCCACUAUCUCCAUCGACUCUCCAAAUUAUACCAAACACCUCAGCGCAGGUAUGCUUCGGGUAUGGGCCAUGAUCUUCAAAGGGUCCCAAACCUGGGCAAUCGUCGAUGUGAUUGGAAGUGCGCUUAAUCUGUAUGCUGAUAUGUUGGUCUCUGGCUGA